AUGACCGGACUAGAUCCCGAUCAGGAAGAAAUCAUUGAGAUUUUCUGCAUAAUCACCACCGGAAACCUGGAGGUCGUUGACCCUGAAGGUUGGGGCUGCGUGGUGCACCAGACCGAAGAGCGCAUGGCACAGAUGGACGCCUGGUGCACCCGGACGCACCGGGACAGCGGCUUGACAGAGGCGGUCAUCAAGUCGACAAUGACGCCGCAGCAGGCGGCGAAUACCUUGCUUGAAUAUAUCAAGAAACACAUACCGGAGCCGAAGACAGCGCUGUUGGCGGGCAACAGCGUGCACGCAGACCGUUCGUUCCUCAAUAAGCCGCCGUACCGCAAGGUGGUAGACUAUCUGCAUCACCGUAUUCUCGAUGUUAGCUCGCUAAAGGAGGCGGCGAGACGGUGGUGCCCACCACAUAUUGUGGAUGGCGCUCCCGUAAAGCAGGGUCUUCACCAGGCCAAGGAAGAUAUUCUUGAGAGUAUCGAGGAGGCAAAGUACUACAGAGAGACCAUUUUCGGGUUAGCAUGGAGACGGGGAGAUGCCAGCGUGCAAGAGACGCCCAUCAGCGAGCGUGAUGAGGAUGAAGCGUGGGCAGACAACCUGCUAUAG